CUCAUAAACAUCACCGACAGCCUGCAGCUCGUCCACUCAUUACUCUACCUAAGAUCAGCUGAAGUUACGGUGGAAUACUUCAACCAGCGACUGAUGGAUCACCACCACUAGGGGAUUCCCUCGAAAUUUCCUCGACUCCGUUCUCUAGACCGGAGCCUGGAUGGACCUGAGUGAACGCGGCUGGUCCAUGGUUAAGCGGCAGUCCUCCAGCAGCCCAGGGUCAUCGCCGGCGGAGCAGAGCUACUUCAGCAGCAGCAGCGACAGGAGGGACAGACCCGCUUCUGCCUCUGGAGAGCUGAGGUCACCGUCGGCCACCAGUCUUGACGCUGAAGGAAACCAGCUGACGGAGGGCCGGUCACUACACUCCUACGUUCCCUUUGGACAUCACAGCACCCUGCCCAGUUCGGAGGACAUAACCCUGUUCACGGAUUUGGACCAGGGCAACAAGCUCAUCAUCUCCAGUGGGGCGUCCAAGGGGAGUUUAAUUGUAGACCCCAGCGACAUGUACCAGACCCUGGCUAUUGCGGCGUCCCAGGGCCCCGCGGGAUACGACUCUUCCGCCGGUAGCUACAUGCACUCCACGGCACCUUCUCCAGUGUACGUGCCGACCACCAGGGUGGGACCAAUGAUACCCAGCAUCCCGUACCUGCAGGGCAGCGGCUCCUCGCAGCCGGGCCAUGCUGUCAGCAGCCACUCGGUGUGGCCGCAGCCGGCCCCCGAGAGCCCUUCCUACAGCGCCAGCAGCCCCCACGCCUCCAACCGCUAUCACUACUCCCCAAGCCCACCGAUGAACAACGGGGCGUCCAGGGACAGCGGCUACAGCAACACCCUGAACGUGAACGGCAGAGAGCAGUACAGCACGCUUACACGCUCCCUGAGUGGAUCUUACCCGAGCCCGUACUCGCCUUACGUGGGACCGCAGCUGUCCGCGGCGUGGCCCUCCGGCCCGUUCGAGAACACGAUGCUGCACACUCUGCAGACCAGGGGAGCGCCCUUGCCCAUCCGCGGACCCGGGGGAGACAUACUGGAUGAUCUGGGCGAGAGCAGAGAAUGUGUGAAUUGCGGCUCCAUCUCAACGCCUUUGUGGAGAAGAGAUGGCACUGGCCACUACCUCUGUAACGCCUGCGGACUGUACAGUAAAAUGAACGGGCUGAGUCGGCCGCUUAUUAAACCACAGAAGCGAAUGUCUUCCUCGAGGAGGAUUGGGCUUUCCUGCGCCAAUUGCCACACCAGCACGACCACUCUGUGGCGCAGGAACGCGGAGGGCGAGCCGGUCUGCAACGCGUGUGGCCUCUACACCAAGCUGCACGGGGUGCCCAGGCCGCUGGCCAUGAAGAAAGAGGGGAUCCAGACGAGGAAGCGAAAACCGAAGAACCUGAACAAGACCAAGGCCUCGUCCGGCAACAGCAAUCCGGUGCCAAUGACUCCGACGUCAACGUCGUCUUCCAACUCGGAGGACUGCUCGAAGAGCGUCUCUCCGUCCGGGCCCGUUUCAGGGGUGAAUUCCUCUGCGAUGCCGGCACAGGGAGAUGGACCCGGCACCGGGAGUUCUGCGGUGAAGUACUCGGGCCAGGAAGGCCUUUACACUGGAGUCAGCCUGACGUCCACGGCUGAAGUGGCCUCCGCUGUCCGGGGGGAGACGUGGUGUGCGCUGGCUCUAGCCUAACCCCUGGAAAGGGAGAUUGACGUGGGCUUCAGAUGCCUCACCAGUGGGCCGGCGGCGCUAUCAUCAUCAUCAUCCUCCUCACAGCUGCUGCGCAGGCGAGGUGGCAAGAUGUGACAUGGGAAGAGUAUGUUUUCUUUCUUUUCAUCCUUGGGCUUUGACGGAAGAGGAGCAGGACAGCCACAGCUCUGCCCUCCUACUGGGGCUGUAGUUUCUCACAAGGAUUUUUUUUUAGUAUUCAAAAGGAAGAGAGAUUUCUGGGCAGAGCGAGACGCAUAAACGUUAGGCCACUUACAGUUGUCACAGGUGCGGUGGCCUCUUAGACAAGGGUUUUAGAUCAAGCUUGUUGACUUUUAUACAGGCCUAUAUAAUUCUGCAAAGGGUACUUUCAGAACAAGCGUGCUUUGUGUAAUGUGGAACUUUUUGGAUGAAGAAAGAAUUUCACAGAGAUGAAAACGCAGAACUGUAAGAAGUAUUCUGUCACUGGCUCAGUAUGUUUUGUAAGCAUGGAUUUGUGAAUAUGUUCCCCCUUUUAGUAUUUUGAUGUUAAUUGAUUUCAUAUAUUUUUGAAGUCCGAAAUGUGGUACAGACACUGUACCUGUACUGUUAACUGGAAUAGUAGAUGAAGUACAAAGAAAUUUUACCUGAAUCAAAGCUGUAGUAUUUAUUAUCCUUUAAAUGGUGAAAAAAUAUUUUUUCUUCAAUAAAAGUAUGGCAAUGUGGCAGAAUUAAAUGUUAGUUUGGCCUGUUGUCCUUUAUAAAAUGAAUACAAAUUGAUAAUGUGUUGUGUAGAGCUUUUUUAUAAAGCUGCAUAUUUCUUUAGUUUUCCAGUUGUUGAAAGAAAGCUCCAGUUGUUGGAAUGAAAUUAUAUGGUUUUAUACAGGGUAGCAAACAGACAUUCACUAACUUCCAUUAGUUCAGUAUAUGUAUUUUAAGUGCAAUUGUGUUCUUGUUGCAACAAUCAGUGUUAAAUCAAAUGUUUCAGAUUUAACAAUAAAUUUUGCAAUGGAUAAAAGUCCUUAACUUAAUGGUACUUAUUAAUUUAAAAUACAUUUUUCCAGGCAUCUUAAGAGCUAUAAAUAUGUUAUAGAGUUUAAAAAAGUGUCCAGUUGCUUCAAAAAAAAUAAAAUGAAAAAUACUUAUUAUAAAUUACCACACAAUCGCUUAGAACAAAUUUCACUCAGGAAAAUUUUACUGACACGUCUUUUUGUUACAUUUAAAAUGCAAAAGAAAAAGAGCAUUGUGGCAAUAUUUUCUAGACAUGUCUGAAACUUUACUACCUAAGUGAUACAUAUGUAAAUACUCCAAGGUAUGUGAGUGUCUUAACUUUUAUUGAUAAAAGUUUGUAAAAAAUAGUCAAAUGUAUAGCUUGGUUGAAGCCACAUUUUUGUUUUUCCAUUUUUUUUCAAAAGAUUGAAAUGUCUUUGACAUACUGUUAUUUGUUCAGUAAAACUAAUUAAAACAUAAGUAAUUUCUAACAAGAGAAGUUCUUUUGCUUGUAGUUUGUCAUUUGUUUCAGAGAGAAAAGACUGGCAAACUUUUCUGCCAGUCUGUGGUGUUCUGUUCUGUUUUGAGCAAAAAGUCCCAGAAUUUAGCAGAGCCUAACGGUGGUAGGAAAGGCAAAAGCAAUUGUCUCUGCUGACAAAUGUGGAGAACAUGUUGUAAAGGGCCAGGAGAAAUUGUAUGGCUUGAGAAAACACUAAAAGAAAAUCUGUCUUUGAAAAUUAUUGCCAUUAGUUGCAGUGUAGUUUGGUUUCCAGCGCUCAAUAAAAUUUAUUUGAUUACAGUA